CGGCCGCGGCGGCAAGCGCGAGCGGCAGCGCCUCAGCCGCAACAUCACCCUCGUCCUGGAGAACCUGCUGCAGGACUACGAGAACAGCAGGCCGCCCACCAGCGACACCGGCCAGCCCGCCGUGGUCCGCACCAACAUCCUGAUCCGCAGCAUGGGGCCCAUCUCGGAGAUCGGGAUGGACUACUCCAUGGACUGCUACUUCCGGCAGUACUGGCGCGACGCGCGGCUCAGCUUCGCCGGCCCCAUCAACAGCCUGUCGCUGUCCAUCAAGAUGCUGGAGCGCAUCUGGCGGCCCGACACCUACUUCUACAACGGCAAGCAGUCCUACGUGCACACCAUCACCGUGCCCAACAAGCUGCUGCGACUGUCCAGCAACGGCGACAUCAUCUACUCCAUGAGACUGACGAUCAAAGCCACCUGCCCCAUGGAGCUGAGGAACUUCCCCAUGGACAAGCAGUCCUGCCCACUCAUCAUCGGCAGCUACGCGUACCCGCUGCACAGUGUGGUCUACGAGUGGCUGGGCGGCCCGGCGGGCGUGAGCGUGGACUUCGUGCCCGGCAUGGCGCUCAGCCAGUUCGACCUGAUGGGGGCGCCGCACCGCAACUUCACCAUCAGCCGCCGCGACGGCAACUUCUCCGUGCUGCAGGUCAACUUCAACCUGCGACGCAACACGGGCUACUUCCUGAUCCAGGUGUACGUGCCCUGCAUCCUCAUCGUGGUGCUCUCCUGGGUGUCCUUCUGGAUCCACCGCGAGGCCACCAGCGACAGGGUGGGACUCGGCAUCACCACCGUGCUCACGCUGUCCACCAUCAGCCUGGACUCGCGCAAGGACCUGCCCAAGGUGCGGCACGCCACGGCCCUGGACUGGUUCCUGCUCAUGAGCUUCCUGUACUGCAUCGCAACGCUGCUGCAGUUCGCCGCCGUGCACUACUUCACCAAGGUGGGCAGCGGCGAGAUCUACGUGGACGAGGACGAGCUGGAGGACGCGGCCCGCGGCGCC